AUGUCUAUCGGCGUCGCUAUCAUCGGCAGUGGUCUCUUUGCGCAAGAGCAGCACCUACCUGCCGUCCAAGCUGCCUCAAACUUCGAACUCAAGGCCAUCUAUUCUCGGUCCUUGAAGUCAGCCCAAGACCUCGCCAGCGGCACCUCUGAAGUCGAUCUCUAUUCUGAAGACUCAGGCUCUGGCAAAUCCUAUACCGACCUACUGGCUCGCUCAGAUAUCGGGGCUGUGAUCAUUGCGUAUGAGACCCCCGUUUUCUUACCACUCAAACAACAGGGCCAAACACUAACUCUCGACAGUCUUCCUAUUCUGGUUCAGCCAGAGUUCAUCAAGAAAGCACUUCUCGCUGGCAAGCACGUCUUGUCUGAGAAGCCCAUUGCUAAGGAUGUUGCCACUGCCCAGGAGCUUUUGAAAUGGUACAAGAGUGAGAUCGAUACCAACAAGGUCUUCUGGGCCGUCGCCGAGAACUUCCGUUAUAUGACCAAGUUCCUCUUCGCGGCAGAGCAAGUCCAAAAGCUGGGCAAGGUCCAGAACUUCCGGGUGAACGUUCACAGCCUGAUGGAUGUGAAGAACAAGUACUUCCACACCGCUUGGCGCAAGACUCCUGGCUACCAGGGUGGAUUCCUUUUGGAUGGUGGUGUGCAUAUGACUGCUGCGCUGCGCCUGAUGCUAGGCCCCGCAGAGCGUCUUAGCAUUCUGUCUGCGCAGUCGCAGCUGCAGCAAUCGUUCCUGCCACCGGUUGAUACAGUUGAUGCUGUUGCCAAGACUGAAUCUGGUGCUACGGGUGUUAUCUCUUUGUCGUGGGGAUCGUCGUUUGAUGAUCAGAUUUUCGAGGUUGCUUGCGAGAAAGGUGUCGUCACCUUGAACUUUGAUGAUGUGAUAGUUAAUGGCGAGAAGCAUCAUGUUAAGUUUGAUGGCAAGGGUGUUGAGCCAGAGGUGGCGGAGUUUGCAAACUCAAUUCUGAGUGGAAAGCCGGAUACCAGACAAUCUCCCGAGGAAGCAUUGGCGGAUCUUGAGAUCUUGGAGCAGAUGUUGCGGAGUGGCGAGAAAGAUGGCGAGAAGUGUGGGUCUCCCACUCUGCUGCGGGAGAACCUGAGAGAGAAGUUUUCGAGAUUGAACUCCGACCCGACAACUCUCGAACGCCCGGCGAGACCCAGCAAUACCGACAAGAUGGUCGCCGCUAAGCAGCACAUCCCUAUCGUGAAGAAGCGCACGAACCGCUUCAACCGUCACCAGUCUGACCGGUUCAUGCGCGUUGGCGCCUCGUGGCGCAAGCCCAAGGGAAUUGAUAACUGCGUUCGUCGCCGUUUCAAGGGCCAGAUGGCCAUGCCCUCCAUCGGUUACGGUUCCAACAAGAAGACCCGUCACAUGAUGCCUUCCGGCCACAAGGCUUUCCUCGUCCACAACACCAAGGACGUUGAGCUCCUCCUCAUGCACAACCGCACCUUCGCUGCUGAGAUCGGCCACGCCGUUUCUUCCCGCAAGCGUGUCGAGAUCAUCGAGAAGGCCAAGGCUCUCGGUGUUAAGGUCACUAACCCCAAGGGCCGUGUCACCACCGAGGCAUAA